UGCUCCAAACCCUUGCUCAGUGGAGGACAUGACUUGUGUCUCAAGGAACAUUUAAAGGAAUUAUACUUGAAAUUGGAUAUACAUGUAUGUCUCCAUCAAUCUAUUUCUGAUAAAUGCAGCUUCAGUUGGAGUUUCUAGUUGAUAUGAAGUGAAUUCAUCAUGUGUACACUGAUUUCUUUUAAUUUCUUUUGAGGAACAAUUCUGCUUUCUUCCCAUUUGGAAGAAGUAAAGCUGAGUUAUCACAACAUAUUUUAUACUUGUUGCCGAAAACACCUCAAAGAAGGCCAUAGCAUCAGACUUAGGACCUUUUACAGACAAUUAGUGGCUGCUCCUAAUGACCAUGACUUACUCCAGCUCUGCUAACUCUUGAUUGCUCACAUCGGAUCUGAGCGGCUCUAAUGUGAAGCCUGCCCUCAACGGUUGGAUCCCUGGCAUGUGACUCAUUGGUCAAGAUGCCCAGUGGAGACAAGAAGCACCGACACACAGAGGUCAAGAGGGACAAGGAGUUGGAUAAGCUUCUACGGCUUCUUAGUACACCAACAAACAAACAGCAGCUACCUCCCUUAGACUUUGAUGCUAGUAAUAACAACAAUAACAACAACAGUCCUGAUGGCAAACUCCUUGGUUCAACCUCAAUGGUUCCCCACUCUCCUCCUAAUGGUAACAAUCAACAGCAUCAAAUAUCUGAAGCAUCAGCCUUGGAGAACUUUAGCUCUAAGUAUCAGACAGAGAGGAACUUCAGUGGUCAUGUUUUCAGCAAGCAAUUUGAUCAGAUUUUCUCAGCAAUAGUCAAGCACAGAUUAUGUUGUUCAGAAUGGGUAGAACGAAUACCUACAGAGCACAUUGUCCGAGUUCUGAUUGUCUUGAGGCUGUUCCUACGAGAUCAGUCCUACCAGAAAACACUGUUUGAACUAGGAGGGGUCAAAGUACUUUCACAGAAAUUACUGACAGCGACAGAGAAUUAUCUGAACAGAGGUGAUUCUGAACCAUUCAUGGUGGAUAUACUCAAAGAAAUGUCAAAUAUUUUUCAGAAGUUGUCUGGUGAUGUGAAACAAAGGGACUGGUUAAUAGCAUGUGGAGCACACAGGCCAUUAGUAAUGUUACUAUCAGCUAGUGAUGUCAUGGUCCUACACUGUUCUCUGUAUGCUCUUAUAGGCAUGGCACAGAGCCCUGAUCCUAGAGCAGUGAUAGGAGAGCUAUACUGUGUGGAAACUCUCCUCAGGAUAUUACAAGAUUAUGAUAUUCUUUCUAAAAAACUUGCUGCCAGUCUGUUGAAGGUAUUAUGUCUUGAAGAACAAGUGAGAGAGCAGGUGAAAAUAUUUGAUGGCAUGCCAAUUCUUCUGAGUAUUCUCCAUUCAGAUAACAUCAGUCUACUCUGGAAUGUGGUUUGGUGUAUAGUACAGCUAUCUCAAGACCAGGAUGCUAGCAAUGAUGUCAGAAGUAUGGGGGGAAUACCCCUUCUUCUCGCACUCUUACAUGAUCGUGAAUUCAGUUCUGAUAGGGGUUCAUCUCAAGCCUUGGCCAGUGCUAGUUCAUCAGGCAGACAUCACUCACUACCAUUCCCUCUCCAUGAUAAUGGAGAUAUUCAAUUGGAGCAUAUAUUAUCUCUCAAAUCAGCAUGUUGUGCAGCUUUGACUGAACUUGUACACAAUGACACAAAUGCUCAGCAGAUCGUACAGAACAAUGGCAUCUAUAGCGUGGGUAUGCUUAUCUUUCCUCAGAAGACUUCUAAGAAAGCUGAAAGCGAGGCUGUUCAGACUUUACAGAGAAAUUCUUUCCGAACGCUAAGGUUUCUGUUCAGUAUGGAGAGGAAUCGUCGUCUUUUCAAACGUCUCUUUCCACCAGAUCUUUUUGAGAAGUUUAUUGAUGUCGGUCACUACCAAAGAGACAUCAGUGCUUAUAACAACCUUGUAGAAGCGCUCUCUUCUUUACCGGCUGAUCUCUUGGACACCAUCAAGGUGAAUUUUGAGGAGACGAACCAGAACAAGGAACCAACCCAAUCCAUCUCAGGAUAUCUAGUCUAUGAACAUCUAGGAACUGGUGCCUUUGGUAGUGUCUACAAGGUGAAGAAGAAUGCCGGUGGCAAUUUCUUGGCUCUGAAGGAGAUCUCAUAUAACAAUCCAGCCGUGGGUAGAACAGCCAAAGAGAAGGAGAAGAGUAUUGAAAGUAUAAUUAGUGAACUCAGUAUCGUCAAAGAACAUAUGAGACAUCCAAAUGUUGUACGCUACUACAGGACGUUUACAGAGCCUCAAGCAGAGAAGAUGUAUAUUGUAAUGGAGCUGAUAGAGGGAGCCCCACUCUAUGAACAUUUCAACUCACUAAAAGAAAAGAAUGAGCUGUUCUCUGAGGAGAGGAUAUGGCAUAUAUUCAUUCAAAUUGUUCUUGCAUUGAGAUAUCUUCAUAAAGAGAAGAAGAUAGUACAUAGAGAUCUUACACCUAACAAUAUUAUGCUUGGAGAGAGGGAUAGAGUUACGAUCACUGAUUUUGGUUUAGCCAGAGCCAGGCAACCUGAUGCAAGCAAGAUGACAUCAGUAGUAGGAACCAUACUCUAUAGUUGUCCUGAGAUUGUGCAAUCCACUCCGUAUGGAGAGAAAGCUGAUGUUUGGGCUGCUGGUUGUAUCCUAUAUCAGAUGUGUACAUUAACACCACCAUUCUACAGCUCUAAUAUGCUUGCUCUGGCCAGCAAGAUAGUAGAAGCCGACUAUGAGCCACUCCCUGCUGAUCAGUACUCUGACCUUGUUAGUACCACCAUUAGAAGAUGUUUAACCGCUGACCCCGAGCAGCGACCUGACAUUGUAGGCGUGGCAGGCCUAAUAGCAGACAUGAUAAUGCGUCACAUGGAUGGCCUUCGGACCACUCAGAUCUCCCUUGAGAAGAAACUAGAAAGAGAACGAAAGAGAACUCAAAGGCACUACCAUGAGGCGACACGGAAUAUGCAGAACUAUCAUCGGUUGUUCUUAGCUUCCCAAGAGAAGAUAGAUCGUCUAGCCAACCUGUCAGGUAGUGGAGGAGCAGUUAGUAUCAAGAGUGAUUCUGAAAUCAAUGAUGUAUUUGAGUCUUGUGAUGAGUUAUCUAGUACAGCUGGUAGUCAGAUAGACCUUGGUCCAAUCAGACCUAAACACAUCUCAGUUGAUACAGAUAAGAGUGCAGAGAGUGGUAUAGAGGAAGAUGAUCCCACAACCUGUGAUAGCCUGGAUAGUAGCUCAGGAAGCUCAAUACUUGGCUCUAGCCUUAAUUCUACCACUAGUCAUCAUGCAGUGCCCCGCCCCCCAAACUCACCCCGUCCCUCCGUUCCGAUCAUCAUCAAGAGACCAUUCACUGCUGAAUCACCAGCAACAAAAGGCCUGUUAUCACCGAGUGAGGUACCUUCCGGGUCAUUGACCCAUCGUCCAUCAGGAGCUACACUACAUAGAGCAUACAGUGGAUCAUCAUUAGAGACUCUCAAACGACAAACAUCAUCUGCUAAUCAAAGAAUGCGUCCUCCAUCAGCUGCAGCUACUUUGACCAUCUCUCCUCGCAAAGUCCGUCAGAUCAGUGAUCCCGUCCUUAAGAUCCUUCACCUCAUCCACAAGCUUAUCUUCAUAUGUCAGCUACCGCCAACACUUGCCCCUAACCCUCGUCGUAAGGUCAUAGAACGAUUCAAGAGGGCGCUCUUUUCUCCACAGUCUAAUUCAGUCAAUCUCAAAGGCGAGCUCAAAAAGGUCAUCUUGGGAUCUAAGGAGUUAAUAGACUUGAACCUAGGUGUAGGUGAAGCGGCCCUUCUACUCAGACAAGCUAAUCAAGAAGAAGCAUGCUAUCAGGUCACAGGAGAAGCACCAGCUCAUGUUAACUUACCUGUGGAUCCACAUGACUCAGACAUAGGGAUCACAUAUGAACAGAUGCAGAACUUCAUUGAGAGUGUAUUAGCAGAAUGUGGAUACUACAGUAUGUCACCACAUGCAAGGAGAAAGUUACCCCUUGGACCCAUAGGUGGAGCACCCCUGAUGAUACAGAGGAUGGCUUCCUUUGACAUCUGAGGAUCCUUGAGGAUAUUCUUCUAGAUGCUGCUUCAGUCGUGACCUUGUCACCAAACACCUGUACAGGAUAAUACACCAAGGAUACAUUGCAUACAGUGGCAUGGAAGAGAAACUUGUCUCCUCAGUAUUUCUAGAGGUGGUUUAGAAGAAUAUGCAGCUGCUACAGCAGUUUUCGAAAAACAAUUAAAGAUGGACAAACACUGAGAGAUCCCGUUUGUAUAUUGUGUCCGUCUGCAUCAGUUGUGACUUAUUAAUCGUCAUUGAGUGCACAUGCGUUCACAUAUCUUGUGCUUUAGUUGUGACCUGGCUGUCAACUGUCAUUGACAUAAAGUGCACAGAUAUACACAUAACUUGUAGAGGAGGAUUGACAUUUAUUCCUUCCUUCAGGAGGUCAUCUUGUCAACCAAUUCCUGAGAAUCAUCAACUAUUGGACAGAGAGUGGCUUCCAUAGUCCCAAUGUAUUGUGUGUUAAAAGAGUUUCCUCAAGAUGUUUGAUAACUUUGGCUGAUGUUAAUUUGACCACAUCACUCACAGACAACACAGUAGGUGGCAAACCAAAGUAGAAAGAAUCCAUGAGGAAUUGUAUAUCACCUUUAAGUCCAGACAGCUUCUUCAUCAUUUGUUUGUGGAUGAUUACCUGGUUAUUCAACCCUGUCCUUAUGGUGACCUUGAGAAGCGCAUACUCUUGAUGAUUUGGGAUAGAGAGUGCCUUCUUAUCAGAUCAGUCUGUCCGUAGGAGGGUCAGCCAAGAAGCAUUGUUAGUCCCAGAAUGCUUUCUAGAGCUCCAAUGUUCAAUAAGGACAGAUGUUUUACAUUCAGGAUCAGACGUUGAUGUUUAAAUGUUUAUUUGGAAAUGAUAUUGUACUUGGGGGAAAAAUGUUUUUCAGAAACUCAAGAUUCAUAUUGAUUGUUUGGCUUUUUAGACAAAACCUUGAUUCUUAAUGUGCAAUGCCAAACUAUCCUUUAAGUGCCUAGUGUAUUUGGAAUAGAUAUCCUGCCUCAGCACUAUUAAUAUAAAAUCACAAUAGACAUAGACAUUCAAUGUCUGUAAUGGCAUCACUAUCAGGUCUCAGAAUACCUCCUGUGAAAGUGAUUUUGAAAAAUUAAUUUGUUUGAAGAAUUCUGUGUAAGGUCUCACUCUUAGAGAUCAAGUUGAAAUGGUAUAACACACCAGGGUAUGCUUUAGACCAAGGUUAUGAAGGUGGCUCUGAUGCUCACCUUAAAUACCUUGCUACCUUCCAUUACCAACAGUGAUUCUAAGGUGAUCUGUUGCCUUUCCCUCAUGAGGGCUCUAAUACACUUACAGAAUGAAUUGGCCAUGUUUGAUACAUGUACAGCAUGUGGAGAGGCACACAAAAUGUACAUUUCAUGUCAAAAGGGAUACAUACUGUACAAUAUUGUGCCAUCAUUAUGGAUAAUCACCAUUUGUGUCUGUUACUUGUCUACCAAUUUAUUUUAUGAUAAUUUCAUGAUAGCAAGAUUGUCAUUUUAUUGAAUUCAAAGUGCACUAUAGUAAUCACCUUGAUAUAAAACUAAUAGACUAAGUGUGCUGGUACAUAUAUUUAUUGAUUUUAAAUGAGAAAUUUGCUACUAAGUUAGAUGAACACACAACAAAAUCUGCAUUAGUUGAGUAAAUUCACUGAAUUGAUUCAAUUGCAUUUAUUUCUGUGUUUAUAAUGUUCUUCAUGUACUGCAUGUCAAAAUUAUGAACUUUCACUAUCUUUAUUGAUAGCUGUAAGAGCCUACAAUCUGUAACAAAAACAUUUUUAUUUUCAUUGUGUUCUUGGUAAUUUUUCUAGAAAUCCGUUCAAGCGGAGAAAAAGGAAUAUGAAGACAGAGUGUAUUAGAAAUUCAAUCAGUAUUGUUGUUUUGUUUGAAGAGUAAUAAGAGACAAAUCAAAUAUAUUGCUAUUCAGGAAUUAACCAUCAAGAAAACAAUAUAUUUUGCUGCAGAAUAGAGUGCCAAGUAUUGCUUAUGUUUACACGAGAAAAUAUUUUCUUGCACAAAGUCAAAUCCAACACAAACUCAAGUCUUCACUCAAAGAAAAUGAACAAAAUUAAUUCCAAACAGGUAGUCUACUGUACAGAUAGAAUGUGGACUCUUAUAUUUGUAUAUAAAUAUGACAGAGUAUGAAAAGCUAUAUAUAUCAGAAAUAUAAAGCAGAGUGUUUAAAAAGAUAUUGGUACAAUGAAAGAUGGAUUGACUGAGUUAUUUUUAUAGAGAGUUUAAAAAGAGGUAUUUAAGAGCACAUUUUAAGAUAAUUCAUUGAGUUGCAUGUAUAAGGGAGGUUUACAAAGACACAAACUGACAAAUCUGUAAUUUAGGAACAAUUAAUAUUUAUUUUCUAGGCAAAUAAUAAAAAUUAACAAUCAUAUGAUCUGAGCAUAUCUAGGCCUCGCGCUUGAUAUCUUGAGUUGCGUUUAACAGCACAUCUCUUUCUGCAACGAGGCCUAGUAUGAUAAACAUUGUCUUUGGUUAUAGUUCAGAUAUUUAUUUUUUGUAGCAUGAUUCUGAAUUUCAUAGUUUGAUUGAUAAAAACUUGUUCUGUAAUAUAAUUUGUAGGAUAGCAUAUAUCUAGUGUGUGUGUGUGUGUUUGGCAUUACAAUCUAUGAUAUCAAAAUUCCGUCCAUUGCAUUGUAAGUGGCUCAUAUAUGUAAAUAUUUUGUAAAUGAGUCUGGCACUGAGUGUCGUAAUUCAUUGAGCAUGAAAAAAAUAUGUGUUGGUGCUUUUAUACAAAAAUAAACGAUGUUAUUAAGGGUCAGAACCCUUCAGUUCAACAUGAAAAUGUACAUUAUGUGCACAUGGUAAUAAAAGUAAUUUUGUGUUAAUUGCAUUGAUAUAUGUUCUUGAUAUUUAAAUCACUUGGGUUUAUUUUAUUAAUUGUGUGCACUUCUCAAAUAAUAAUGACUGUAUACGUCUAUAAAUGUUUCUUUUAUCGACAUUUUACAAUGUCUCCUUGCUUUGGAAGCAAUAUCUUAUUUAACAAUUAACAUGAGGGAUUUUAUCCCUCCCAUUCUCUCAUUUUCUCUUGUUUUCGCUGCAAUUUAAAAGAACACUGAGUAUGUUAACAGUAAGGGAUAUAUCGCAAAGAGCAAUGAAUAUAAUAUAAAUGCUAUAUGAUUAGAAAAACUAUCAAGUAAUGGCUUUAAUUAUUGACAUUUAGAACAAAAAUAUUUUGAUUUUAGUGGAUUUAGUUUAGCUCUAACCACCAGACCACUUCCUCAUAAUAUUUUCUUACGGAAAAAAUACAUUAUUAACACUACCUAAUUUUCUAUCAGAAAAAUGUUAAAGGAUAACAUUUUUAGUGACUACAUUGGCAAUCACAUUUAAUUUUAUAUUACACCUUUCUUGAUGUAGGAUUCUGCUAGCAUGUUUGCCGCUUCAUCCAUUUAGAAAUAAAUGUCAUUGACCAGAUGAUCCAUAUGGCCGAUAAGAUACUCUGAAGCUAAAGAUAUACAUGUAUACUUCCAUUAAUAACUGAGGAAUUUUCCACAUUUUCUUGUUGAUUUCUUAUUUCCACCAUACCAGGUGAUAUUGUUUUAUGAUUAUUUGUUUAACUUUUAAUUAUUAAUGGUUUGCCUGUGUGCUAGUAAUGUGCUGAUCGACAUAUGAAAAUGAUAAUGUAACCCUUGAUUAAAACUACUUAACUUUGAUCUAGCCUUGCUUCCAAAAUAAAUGGUAAUUGUUUUCCACCACUUGCUGUUGAUACUUGUAUGCUGCCCAAGAAAGAAGUAUUUUAGUCUGGGGUCAAGUCUAGUGUGAUUGACCCACUCACUGUGGUAACUGCUUUUAUCAGGCUUAGACACAGACCCCACCAAAUUACGUUUUAAGCAAAUUAAGAAUGAUAGCAUGAUAUGGAUAAGUGGUCAGACUUUGAGAAAGACUAGACAGGGAGAGUUGGUGUUAUUUUAUUAUUGUCUGUGGUAUUACUAUAGAAUGAAUAUUUUAUAAAUAAAUCUUCCAUUCCGUCCUUAGCAAGCUAUGCCUUCUUGAAUAGACUAUCAAGAUGCACGUAUGUAAAUAAUAUCUCUGAAUAUUGCAUGCAUUGUGUAAAAAGAAAGAAUAUUUAUAUUGAACAUGCUCGAGUAUCAGAGGGAUUUUUUAUUCAAUUAAGAAUUUUGUCAGGAAUUUGUGUGUCUUUAAAUGAUUAGAUUGAUUUGAACACCUUGUUGAAAAAACCUUGCAACUUUGAAUUUAAAAUUUGAUUGAUAAGGUACCAACAACAAACUGUGUGUCUUUUUAGAAAUUCUCUUUGCCUUGUAUGAAACCUAAAUUUUGGUUGAAAACACCUCUUUCAAGUUCUUAAUUCUAAUAAAUUUCAUAAAUUCAGCCUGAAUUCAUCUUUUCUAUUGCAGUUAAGCAGGUGAACCACAUCUGUGAAUGUAAAUAACAGAAUUUUCAUUUGUAAAUAAACCGGGUAAAGAACUCUGAAAAGAGUAUGGAUGAAAAUAGUUAUAUUUAUGACAGUGUGAAAUGUAAGGUUUGUUUAAUAGAAAAAGGAGAAAUAUAUCAAGUAUUUUUGUGUGAAUCAUAUGAAAAUAAUGUUGUUUGUAUGUAUAGUAAUGAUGUAAUAUGCAGGCAUUGAAACAUCUACAAGCAAAGCCUGGUGCAAACUACACUAUCUUCUUUAUCCGACUUUGGAGAAAAAAUGUGUUAACGUUUGAUAUUGAUAUUCCAACCUGCAAACUCUUAAUAAUCAAAAUUCCAAGUAGCGCCAUGAAUAUUGAAAUGAACUUUCCUUUAUCAAAUGGCAAGAAAUUAAUGAAAAAACACAAAAAUGAAAGUGUGUAAUGAAUUUAACAUUUGGCAAAUCGUAUUGAAUGUAAUUUGGGAUUUUGUUCUGGGCAUUCAAAUGUAAUUUUGUCCCUUUUGCUCUAAUACUAAGUUUUACUUCAAUAAGAUUGCCACCGCUAGUUGUGGUUCACAGUGAAAUCACUGAUUUAUAUUCACUUUGAAGCACCAUUACAAGUUAUAUAAUUAUCAGUGAAUGGCAACUUGUCUGUAAGAAUAACGUUCAUAUUAAGACACCCUUCAGCCAUUUCAUGAAGCUGUUUUUGACAUACCGGUAGUGGAAUUCCUUCCUAUUCAAAUGCUGUUUGACAACAGGAAUUUUAAUCUAAAAAGAUUUGAUUUUCAACUUUAAUAUUAAGAAUCUGAUAUAGCCCCCCAAAAUUUUGCCAUUGAAAUAGCUACAUGUAACACCACAAUGAAAGGCAUAGAAUACAUGUAUGUAGUUAUGUUAUUUACAAAAGGAAUUUAUUUCUUUGUUUCUAAUUCUUUACUGUUGUGAUUUAACAUAAAUUACAUAUCAUUUAAACUUACAGGCCCAUAUUCUGAAGUCGAGUUUGAUUUGAACGCUGCUUUUAAGUUGUGGUUUAACUAUGGAAAGCCAGUUGUUACAUAAAUCUCUAACAUUAGAGGUUUAAUGUAUCAGCUCAUUUGACUCCCAAAACAUUAACUGCCUGGGAAGAAUAAGUAUGACAGUUGUCUUCACCAUUAAAGAAUUAGUAAAGAGCACAGUAAACAUGAGAAGCAUUUACUGUAAAUAAAAUAUUGAAACGUUUUUAGUUUCCCAUAAUUUUAGCACAGAGUUAGACCACUGUCAGAAUACAGGCCAAAGUAUUGUAAAUUACAAUACUUUAAGUUUAAAUAAUCUGUAAUUUAUUUGUAAAUAACUUCUUGAGUUCAUGAAUUAUAAACUUCAUUUGAUGAUAUUUGUUCAGGUAUUUUAUCUAUUUUCAGAUGACUUUGAAGAGAAGUUAAGAUAUUUACUUGUGUCAAUACCCUCAUUAAGUCUAUUGAUGGAUACAUCUUUUAUCUUGUGUUUCAUUGUGAUGGAAGCAUUGUCAUACCCUUAACAGCAAGUCUGUAUACUUUUAAGCCCAAUUCAUUUUGUGUGCCCUCUUGAUUUGUAACAUUAAAAACAAAGUGAAAUACUA